AUGGAGUCAGCCAACAACAGACUAUUAGAAGAUCAAUAUUCAAGACGAAAAAGGAAGAUAACCAUCAUCAUUUCUUUGAUCAUCUCAUUCACAAUCAUUAUCAGUUCAAUCAUCUCAGUCUUAACCAUCCUCAAGCACAAAGUAGAGUCUCAAUCACUCUCUAAUGCGCCUCCAAGCAAAGCAAUCAGAGCCAUCUGUUCUCUAACUCCAUCCCGCCGCUUAUGUUUCAAGCAGAUAUGGAAACUCCAGCAAAGCCAGGCUUCAUCGAAGAUUAAUCCUUCACAGAUAUUUGCUCUUUCACUCAGUGCUUCUUUUGAUGAGCUCACCAUCCUUAAUUCCCAAAGGCAGAGGGUAAUCUCAAAAGUCAAUGCUUCUUCUGCAAGUGUCUUUCCAUCUCUACAAGAAUGUGAAAGUUUGAUCAGUGAUUCCCUAAGACUUGUUAACAUGUCUGUGACAAAAAUUGGGAUUGUCCCCGAUGGCAACAUCUUUAAGGAAACAAAAACCGUUGUGGAUUUGAUGGAAUGGACCUCUGCUGCUAAGGAGAGUCUGGAGAGGUGCAGGGAUGAAUUGGAGAAUGAUAAUGAAGGAUUGGUAUCUGGAAAAUUUUAUUUGGUGAGAAUGAAGAUGCGGAUGCUUGUGACAAGGAAAUAUCUGGAGAAUAGCUUAGUGAUUUUGGCCAAGAUGGAUACUAUUCUGGACAUGUUUUAUCAUCCUCUCCAGAGUAUUCUGUCAAAUUUUAUGCUCAGUGCAAGUGGAUUUGAUUUUGGUGCAAUGAUCAUAAAUCUCAUCCAUAGGCACAACAAAUCCCAAGAAAAGCUCAAACUCGACCAACAGACCGAGUCACUCCGAGGUUUCUGCUCCGUGACUCGGUUCCCGGAUCAAUGCCUCAACUCAGUCAUUCUCCUACCUGACAACAGCCCAGAUGAUAUUUUCAUCGCAUCUCUCGAUUUAGCUAUAGAACGAGUCGUCAACCUCACUGUUCUCGCGAGGGCUCUGAUCUUGCAGUCAAGUUCUGAUGCUGCUACUGAGUCAAGAAACGAGUCAGCCCUGUUCAGGUGCUCGAGUUUGAUCGAUGACUCUUUGAACCGGCUCAACAGAUCUUUGACUGCCUCCGGUGAGUCGUCGUUGUUCGGUCUCCGAGUUGACUCGGGGGAGAUGGAAGAACUGGUCAGGGAGAAGAGUAAGGAGGUGAGUUCGUGGGUGAAUCGGGCGGCGAAUGAUCUUUGGAGAUGUUUCGGGAUUCUUGGGGAAGACAAUUCGACGGCUGUGAUUGAAUUGAGAAGUGGGGUGUAUGAUGGUAUAAUGCACGCUCAAUCACAGCAAUCAUCAUCAAGAAUUCUACAACGUAGAUCCCACGAAAACCUCAUCAUGAUCAUCUCCUUCUCGUUAAUCAUCCUGGUUUCUGUCAUCAUAGGCACCAUAAUCUUAUCCCACAUGAAAAAUGGUAAAAACUACCACACCACCGAGUCACUCAGGCCAAACUCAGCAAACUUGAAGACCUUAUGUUCCGUGACUUACGACCCUGAGUUAUGCUUCACCUCUAUAUCCCCCGCCAUCGAGGAAACUGAAACCGACCCGGAUGAUAUUUUCGCCGCCUCUAUCAAGGUAGCCAUUGCUAAUAUCACCGGCCUGGCUCCGUUGAUGAAAGAAGUUUUACUGAGUUCGAACAUGAUUGGAGCUGAGUCAGCUCUGGAAUUCUGCACCUGGGCAUUCUCCGACUCACUGAGUCACCUCGAUAGGACUUUAAAGGCAGUACUACUGGAGAAAGAAGGAAACUACCGGGUCUUUUCUUCCGUUGACUUUGUCACGGUGGCGUGGACUUCUGAUCGGGGGGAAGACAUGAUAACGUGGCUGACCAGCGCGUUGAGUGCUUUAGACAGCUGUGGUGAUAUUUUGGAUGAGGUUGGAUCAAUGGCUGUAAAUGACUUGAGCUUGAAGGUGUACAGAGCUAGGGUGCAGGUCAACUACUGCAGCAGCUUUCUCUCGUUCAAGGAUCAGAUAUUGCCAUUUUUACUCUUUCAUCAGCUCAGAAAAUUGGCAGAAUGUUGA